CGUUGUCCAUGACGUCACCGGAUGACACAGCAGCUGCUCCACCGAAACGCCGUGACAAAAUCAACGAAACCGGCUGAGCGGGCCAACAGUUGCCCGCGAAACCUUCGACGUGCUGGAACAGAUUGAGAUUGCUGUUCCGUAGCCACAUCACAAACAUAAUCACUCCGCCUCAGAAGCGUCCAAUUUGCACAGCGUUAAUUAUCAGCGCCAGCGACACGAUGACCAAUCUGGCUCCCACCAUCCAGCUGAACAACGGGCGCAAGAUGCCGAUCUUGGGCCUGGGCACCUGGAAGUCCUUCGAGUCGGACGCGUACCACUCGACGCGACACGCCCUCGACGUGGGCUACCGGCACCUGGACACCGCCUUCGUUUACGAGAACGAGGCGGAGGUGGGUCAGGCGAUCGCCGAGAAGAUCGCCGAGGGAGUGGUGACCCGCGAGCAGGUGUUCGUGACCACCAAGCUGGGCGGAAUUCACCACGACACCGCGCUGGUGGAGCGCGCCUGCCGCCUGAGCCUGAGCAACCUGGCCCUGGAGUACGUGGACCUCUACCUGAUGCACAUGCCCGUGGGCCAGAAGUUCCACAACGACAGCAAUGUGCACGGCACCCUGGAACUAACGGAUGUGGACUACCUAGACACCUGGCGGGAGAUGGAAAAGCUGGUGGAUCUGGGCCUGGUGCGCAGCAUCGGGCUGUCCAACUUCAAUGCGGCGCAGACGGAGCGGGUGCUGGCCAACUGCCGCAUCCGGCCGGUGGUUAACCAGGUGGAGUGCCAUCCCGGCUUCCAGCAGAGCCAGCUCCGGGAGCACGCGAAGCGUCACGGCCUAGUCAUCUGCGCCUACUGCCCGCUGGCACGCCCCCAGCCCGCCCGCCAGUGGCCGCCAUUCCUCUACGACGAGCACGCCCAGCAGCUGGCCAAGAAGUACGGCAGGACCACGGCCCAGAUCUGCCUGCGGUACCUGGUCCAGUUGGGCGUGGUGCCACUGCCCAAGUCCUCGAACAAGGCUCGCAUCGAGGAGAACUUCCGUGUCUUUGACUUCGAGCUGAGUCCGGAGGACGUCGCCAGCAUGGAGCAGUACCACACGGGGCAGCGCACAGUGCCCUUCUCGGGAAUGGCCGGCCACAAGUACUAUCCGUUUCACGCCGAAUUCUAGACUCCAUCUGGAAGGGUGUUUUUAGAAAUCUCUGGAGAUUUUCGGGGCUAUUAAUUUGGAAUCCAACCGCUGUUACUGUGUUUUUUAAGAGUUCUGGAAUUUAUUUGAAAUAAUUGUUUGAAAACCUACUGUUAGGUUAAUGUUAAAUCGUUUACUCAAAGUUAAAGAGGUUUCUGGGAUCGGUUGAGAUUUAAUUGGGAACUAUUUCUAAGGCACCCCCGCAUGUGUAGUAUUUGUAUUGUAAAAUAAAGUAUAUUACGUAGAAAA